AUAGAUACUCAAGAUAAAAAAAAGAAAAGAAAAGGUGAGUGCUUUACUUUCCCUCAUUUCUUUAGAUCCCCAAAAUCUAGCUAGGGUUUUGGGGCUUUUCAUCUUUCUUAAAUCUACUCAUUAUUAUAUUUCUGCUCAUUCACUAUCUUUAGGCCACUCAUCUGGAGCUUCUUGUUUGAUUAGCCACUGAUUUUGCCUCACCUCAGGAUGGAGAACAUGAGUAGUUAUUGGCAAUUGGGUGAGGAGCUCCGGGGUCUGAAAGUCUCCGAGGAGCACAAGUGGAUGAUGGCUGCUUCUAAAUUGGCUGAGCAGACUAGGUCCAAGGUUGAGCGUAGGAACAAUCUUGAUCUUUCUAAAGGACUCGUGGAAACAAGGCCUAGGGAUAAUAAUUUUGGGUUCCAGGAAGAAAACAAGUUCGAGAGUCUCAACUUUAACAUGUUAAACUUGGACUCGAAAAUGAAUGAUACUGUUGGAAGGAGUCCUGUUAGGAAUGGUAUCUACAAUAUGAAUGUUGGCUAUCAGAAAAAUAAUUUCAACACUGUUGUUAAUGUGAAUGGUACCAAGCAUAAUGGUGGGAAUCAGCACAAGGAGGCCAACAACAGCAAUUGCGAGAAUGGCAAUCUGAAUGCUGUUGACAAAAGGUUCAAGACCUUGCCUGCUGCAGAGACCCUCCCCCGAGAUGAAGUUCUUGGUGGAUACAUCUUUGUUUGCAAUAAUGAUACUAUGCAAGAAGAUCUCAAACGUCAGCUAUUCGGUUUACCGCCAAGAUACAGGGAUUCUGUUAGGGCAAUUACCCCGGGCUUACCGCUGUUUCUCUACAAUUACACCACUCACCAGUUGCAUGGUAUUUUUGAGGCUUCAGGUUUUGGAGGUUCAAACAUCGAUGCAACUGCUUGGGAAGAUAAAAAGUGUAAAGGUGAAUCAAGGUUUCCUGCUCAGGUGAGAAUUCGGAUCAGAAAGAUAUGCAAAGCUUUGGAGGAAGAUUCGUUUAGGCCUGUCUUGCAUCAUUAUGAUGGCCCAAAAUUCCGUCUCGAGCUUUCAGUCCCUGAGACACUAGAUUUGCUUGAUCUCUGUGAACAAGCUGGAGAGUAGAAACCCAGUACUGAUCAAAGAUGAUUGGCACAAUUAAAUUGUGAAUGGAAUAGGGUAAUGGCAUCAUAUGCUUUUAACAGAUACCGUAAAGCGCAAGCUUGGGAGUCCCGCCUGCUAUGAGAGAUGUGAGUGUAGAGCUACUCAAAUAAUAUGCUGUGUUGUGACUUGUGAAAGUAUCUUCAAAGUUGUUUCAAACUAUUAUAUUGUAAUGUAAUGAAGAGAACUUGAGUUAAAGAUUGGCAGUGUGAUGGUGAUGUCUUUAAUAGAUGAAAACCACUUUGCUAUUUAUCAUAUCCAUUUGGAUUGA